GGCCCGAGAACGACGAGUUCAUUGCUCUUGGCCAGCUGGUGGCGGCCGAGCCGUGGCCGAGCCGGGAUGUCUCGUGGUGCACCUGCGAGCGGCGUGGCGGCGCGACCGUCCAGGCGACGACGGCGAGCGCGGCCUGCCUGGUGCCCGAGCCGCGGGCAGCGUCGGCCGACUGCGGGCUGCGCCUGCACGUGGCCAGGCCCGUGCGCAAGCACUCGUGGACGCUGCAGACGCUGCUGCUGCGCGCCGCGCCGGGAGACCAGGCCCUCGUGCACCGCUGGGCCGACGCCCUCCAGGACGCGCUCAGAGGAGAGUCCCGUCCCCGAAGGCUGCUGGUGCUGGUGAAUCCCUUUGGGGGCCGCAAGCGAGCACCCCGCAUCUAUCAGCGCAAGGUGGCACCCAUCUUCCAGCUGGCUGGCAUUGCUGUGCAGCUUGUCACCACCCGGUAUUCUGGACACGCCAAGCAGUGCAUCCUCGAGAUGGACCUGGACAGCCUGGAUGGGGUGGUCUGCGUGGGCGGCGACGGCAUGGUCAACGAGGUGGUGAAUGGGGUGCUGCUGCGUAGCCAGCGGGAUGCCGGGGUGGAGGCGAACGACGCGGGGGCGUGCCUGCGGCCGGCCGCCCUCAAGGUCGGGGUGAUCCCUGCGGGCUCGACGGACGCCCUCGUCUGCACCACCACGGGAGAGGAUAGCCCCACCACCUCGGCGCUGCUCAUUGUCAUGGGUGCCGAGGUGGCGGUGGACGUGGCCAGCAUCCACAGUGGGGACCGGCUGGUGCGCUACUCGGCCGGGUUCCUCUCGUACGGCUUCUUCGGCGACAACAUCAAGGCCAGCGAGAAGUUCCGCUGGAUGGGGCCUCUGCGCUACAGCUGGACAGGCUGGCAGACGUUCCUGAAGCACCACACGUACGAGGGGGAAGUGCGGCUGCUCGUGGACGGCCAGGCCUCGUCUGCCCACAAUGCCGCCGGCAACGAGCGCUGCCGAGUCGGGUGCGAGGUGUGUCGUGAUGCAGUGGGCGUUGACCGCCAGCGCCCGUGUGACCCGAAAGACAGCAGUUCCCAAAAAGAUGGCAGUGAACCUUACUGGGUGGCGGUGCGGGGCCAGUUCCUGUCGCUGAGCUGCGCCCUGAUGGCCAACCGGUGCGCACGCAGUAGCGCGGGUGUGGCGCCCACGGCACACCUGGGCAACGGCCUCAUGGACGUGGUGCUGGUGUCGCGCUGCUCGCGCCGCAACUUCCUGCGGUUCCUGCUGGCGCUGGCAAACUCCGAGACGCGAAGCCCGUUCAAGUUCCCAUUUGUGCACUGCUUCCGCACCACCUGCCUGGAGUUUGUGCCCAAGGUGGAGGCGGAGGAAGGGGCGGUCAAGCGCACGGGCACCUGGCAGUGCGACGGCGAGCUGCUGGCAGAAUCCUCCCUCCUGGUCAGGUCUCACUGCCAGCUGCUCAAACUGUUUGCAUACGGCAUUGAGGAGCGCGAGGAGCACCGGGUGCCCCCCGCCUGCUUCUGCUCCGGCCAGUAGCCCCGGGAGAGGACGACUGCCGGGCGGGCUCGGCCACGGCCAAGUUGCGGCCGUCCGUCUGGCGUUGCCGCCGGGGCCAUGGAAACUUGGCUCGGGACCGGGGCCAGUUUACGUGCGGCGUAAACAGUGCAAUAGUAAACCCCACCCCGGUCAAUCGGCGGUCCGAGCAUCGUGGCAGCCACCUGCCUAGCUCGCUAAAAGGAACAAAAACGUCCCACUAGGUGGUUUAGUCCCUUUUGACAGCGACAGGUCGACCAAUUGGCCCGUGAGGCACUGACUCUGCUGUGCAGUACAUUGAUAUCUUCGAAGGCAGCAGAGCUGUUGAGCAUCCCACCUGUGGCUGGGCUUAUUUCUCCGAGCCAUUCCACUGUCUGUCUGUUUGUUGGCACGUGGCCCAGACAAGGCUGGAGAACGCUCACUAGAGAGGCUCAAAACUUGCGGUUUUCGCUGCGGCUCAUUGUUUUUUUCCGUGUCUGUGACCAAGGUGCAUUUCUCCGUUGUUACCUCAUUGUGUUGUUAUUACGAGUAAUCGUCAAAUGCUGCGAGUGAAAAAAAAUAAAAAAAGAUGGUGUGUAGGAAGGGGGGGACGGGUAUGUUAAAAAGAGGAGCGUGGUUACUGGUGACUCCACACAAUUCGACUCCAAGUUGUCCCUGUAGUCUGUGAUACCCUUGCAAGGAGCAAAGGGAGAAUGUGAUAAUCCUUUUUGGAGCUCGACUUGCGAGAGACUGGGUGUUGAGACAUUGGUGGACACGCUCGUAAGUCUGAACGCUUUGUAUUGGGGUUACGUUUGUUAGUGUUGUUAUUUUGCCUUGCAUACUAUAUUGUUACCUCUCAUUUUGUAUACACGUAUAUAUAUAUAUAUAAUAAAAAGUCUGCCGCUACUUCACUUUUUGGGAAAGAGGCUGUGGUGUGUGUGCCACCUUGCUCUAAAAGUGUCGAGGAAGUGGCAGGCAGACUGUCGGAUGUACAUAAAAGGAAUAAAAUCUAUUCCAACCCAACAA